AUGUGGAACUCGACGGAGAACGCGUUCUCGCGUUCGACGUCGUUUAGAGACGAAGCGGAAGACGAAGAAGAGCUUCAAUGGGCGGCGCUGCAGCGUUUGCCGACGUACUCGAGAAUCCGACGUGGCAUUUUCAGGGAUAUGAUUGGUGAGCCUAAAGAGAUCAAGAUUGGUAACCUCGAAGCUAGUGAGCAGCGUCUUCUUCUCGAUCGGCUUGUUAAAUCCGUUGAUCAUGAUCCUGAACAGUUCUUCGCUCGUGUCCGCAAGCGAUUUGACGCAGUGGAUUUGAAAUUUCCGAAGAUUGAAGUUCGAUAUCAGAAUUUGAAAGUGGAAUCGUUUGUCCACGUUGGAAGCAGAGCGUUACCAACAAUUCCCAAUUUCAUCAUUAACAUGGCAGAAGCUUUUUUGAGGAACAUACGAUUAUAUGGAGGAAACAGAUGCAAAUUAACGAUUUUAGACGAUAUUAGCGGAGUCAUUAGACCUUCAAGAUUGACACUUCUACUUGGUCCUCCAAGUUCCGGGAAGACAACACUACUCUUAGCUUUAGCUGGACGCCUUGGAACUAAUCUUCAGACAUCCGGGAAAAUUACAUACAAUGGAUACAAUCUCAAAGAGAUAAUCGCACCGAGGACAUCUGCGUAUGUCAGCCAACAAGAUUGGCAUGUGGCAGAGAUGACAGUGAGGCAGAAUCUCGAGUUUGCUGGUCGUUGUCAAGGUGUUGGAUUCAAAUAUGAUAUGCUUGUGGAGCUAGCAAGAAGAGAAAAACUUGCAGGAAUAGUACCUGAUGAAGAUCUUGAUAUAUUCAUGAAGUCUUUAGCUCUCGGUGGACAGGAGACUAGCCUCGUCGUUGAGUAUAUUAUGAAGAUUUUAGGAUUGGAUACAUGUGCUGACACAUUGGUAGGAGAUGAGAUGAUUAAAGGAAUCUCAGGAGGACAGAAGAAACGUCUCACAACAGGGGAGCUAUUAGUUGGUCCAGCAAGAGUCCUUUUCAUGGAUGAAAUAUCAAAUGGUUUAGAUAGUUCAACGACUCAUCAGAUCAUCAUGUAUAUGAGACAUUCGACUCACUCCCUCGAAGGAACCACUGUCAUUUCUCUGCUCCAACCAUCUCCCGAGACAUACGAGUUGUUCGACGAUGUUAUCCUUAUGUCCGAGGGACAGAUUAUAUACCAAGGCCCUCGUGAAGAGGUUCUUGAUUUUUUUUCAUCUUUGGGGUUUAGUUGCCCUGAGAGAAAAAAUGUUGCAGAUUUCUUGCAAGAGGUUACUUCAAAGAAAGACCAGCAGCAGUACUGGUCAGUUCCUUUCCGGCCUUACCGCUACGUGCCUCCUGGAAAAUUUGCUGAAGCUUUUCGUUCGUUUCCAACUGGCAAGAAGCUGCAGAAGAAACUCGAUGUUCCAUUCGAUAAACGGUUCAAUCAUUCGGCCGCUUUAUCGACAUCUCAAUACGGUGUUAAGAGGAGUGAACUUCUCAAGAUCAACUUUUCCUGGCAGAAGCAACUCAUGAAGCAGAAUGCAUUUAUUUAUGUCUUCAAGUUCGUUCAGCUUCUUUUAGUUGCCUUGAUCACAAUGACUGUCUUUUGCCGGACAACAAUGCAUCACAACACUAUUGAUGAUGGCAACAUAUAUCUUGGAUCGCUUUACUUCUCCAUGGUCAUCAUUCUCUUCAACGGAUUCACAGAGGUUCCUAUGCUAGUAGCUAAGCUUCCUGUUCUUUAUAAGCACCGAGACUUGCAUUUUUACCCGAGCUGGGCUUAUACCUUACCUUCCUGGCUUUUGAGUAUCCCUACUUCAGUCAUAGAGUCUGCCACAUGGGUUGCAGUUACAUAUUAUACAAUCGGAUAUGAUCCUCACUUCUCCAGGUUUCUUCAGCAGUUCUUGCUGUACUUCCUUCUGCAUCAGAUGUCACUAGGUCUUUUCCGUGUGAUGGGCUCGUUGGGCCGACAUAUGAUAGUUGCUAAUACGUUUGGCUCCUUUGCAAUGCUUGUGGUCAUGACUCUUGGAGGAUUUAUCAUUUCCAGAGAUAGCAUACCUUCCUGGUGGAUUUGGGGUUACUGGAUUUCUCCUUUGAUGUAUGCUCAAAACGCAGCUUCUGUAAACGAGUUCCUCGGCCAUUCUUGGCAAAAGAGUGCUGGGAAUCACACAAGUGACUCUCUUGGUGUGGCAUUGCUAAAAGAAAGAAGUUUGUUCUCUGAGAACUAUUGGUAUUGGAUUGGUAUCGGCGCUUUGCUCGGAUACACUAUUCUUUUCAAUUUGCUCUUUACACUCUUCCUAGCUUACCUCAACCCUUGGGGUAAAAUGCAAGCUGUUGUAUCCAAAGAAGAGUUGGACGAGAGAGAAAAGAAGAGAAAAGGCGACGAGUUCGUUGUGGAACUAAGAGAGUACUUGCAGCAUUCAGGCUCAAUACAUGGGAAAUAUUUCAAGAACAGAGGAAUGGUUCUUCCAUUUCAACCGCUCUCUCUGUCUUUCAGCAAUAUCAAUUACUAUGUGGAUGUUCCAUUGGGACUAAAGGAACAAGGGAUACUAGAAGAUAGAUUGCAGCUGCUUGUGAAUAUCACUGGAGCUUUUAGGCCAGGCGUGCUUACAGCUUUGGUGGGAGUAAGUGGUGCCGGUAAAACAACGCUCAUGGAUGUCUUAGCCGGGAGAAAAACCGGUGGGACAAUAGAAGGCGAUGUGUACAUAUCUGGUUUUCCUAAAAGACAAGAAACGUUUGCAAGAAUCUCAGGUUACUGUGAGCAGAAUGAUGUUCAUUCUCCUUGCCUAACCGUUGUUGAAUCACUACUUUUCUCUGCAUGUCUUCGUUUACCAUCAGAUAUCGACUCAGAGACUCAAAGGGCGUUUGUCCAUGAGGUGAUGGAGCUAGUGGAGCUAACCUCGUUAAGUGGGGCUUUGGUUGGUCUACCUGGAGUUGAUGGCUUAUCAACUGAACAGAGGAAAAGGUUAACGAUUGCGGUCGAGCUAGUUGCGAACCCGUCUAUAGUGUUCAUGGAUGAGCCUACUUCAGGAUUGGAUGCUAGAGCUGCUGCUAUUGUAAUGAGGACUGUAAGAAACAUUGUUAACACCGGACGAACCAUCGUCUGCACGAUUCAUCAGCCUAGCAUUGAUAUUUUUGAAUCAUUCGACGAGCUUUUGUUCAUGAAACGUGGCGGAGAGCUCAUAUACGCCGGUCCACUUGGACAGAAGUCUUGUGACCUUAUCAAGUAUUUUGAGUCUAUUGAAGGGGUGACAAAGAUAAAACCUGGCCAUAAUCCGGCAGCAUGGAUGCUUGACGUCACUUCUUCGACGGAGGAACUCCGUCUUGGUGUUGAUUUUGCUGAUAUUUACAAGAACUCAAAUCUCUGCCGACGCAACAAGGAGCUGAUUGAAGUCCUAAGCAAGCCAAGUAACGUUGCGAAAGAGCUCGAGUUUCCGACCCGAUACUCUCAGUCACUCUACAGUCAGUUUGUUGCUUGCCUGUGGAAACAAAACCUGUCAUAUUGGCGAAACCCUCAAUACACCGCGGUUCGGUUCUUCUACACCGUGGUUAUCUCUCUAAUGCUUGGAACAAUAUGCUGGAAGUUCGGCGCCAAAAGGGACACUCAACAACAGUUAUUCAAUGCAAUGGGAUCGAUGUACGCUGCGGUUCUCUUCAUUGGAAUCACCAACGCAACCGCUGCACAGCCAGUUGUUUCCAUAGAGAGAUUUGUUUCGUAUCGCGAGAGAGCAGCUGGAAUGUACUCAGCACUUCCCUUUGCAUUUGCUCAGGUGUUUAUAGAGUUUCCAUACGUGCUAGCACAAUCCACCAUAUACAGCACCAUAUUCUACGCGAUGGCCUCGUUCGAAUGGUCCGCAGUGAAGUUCUUGUGGUACUUAUUCUUCAUGUACUUCUCGAUCAUGUACUUCACCUUCUACGGGAUGAUGACGACAGCAAUCACUCCAAACCACAACGUUGCCUCAAUCAUAGCUGCUCCUUUCUACAUGCUAUGGAACCUCUUCAGCGGUUUCAUGAUCCCAUACAAGAGGAUUCCGUUGUGGUGGAGAUGGUACUACUGGGCAAACCCAGUGGCGUGGACGCUGUACGGUUUACUGGUGUCUCAGUACGGUGAUGAUGAGAGAGUGGUGAAGUUAUCGGACGGUGUUCAUCAAGUGAUGGUGAAACAGCUGCUUGAGGAUGUGAUGGGUUACAAACACGAGUUCUUAGGUGUGUCGGCUAUUAUGGUCGUCGCCUUUUGCGUCUUCUUCUCCCUCGUCUUUGCUUUCGCCAUUAAAGCCUUCAACUUCCAGAGAAGAUGA